UGUGACGUCACCGCAAUGGCUGUCGUUGAAAGUUAAUUUGUAAACAGUAGAAAUAUCUUUCAACAUCGCUGUUAUUAUCUCAUACAGGACAUCAGAUUUACAUCCAUUUGAAAGACCAAUAAUUAAACUAAACAUGUGGAAGAUAAAAGAAAUAACGGAUAAAGUCACCAAUGUUGUGAUGAACUAUUCUGAGGUGGAAACAAAGGUGCGAGAGGCAACCAAUGAUGAAGCAUGGGGACCUCAUGGACAGAUCUGUUCAGAGAUAGCACAAUAUACAUUCACAUAUGAACAUUUUCCAGAGGUCAUGGGCAUGUUGUGGAAGAGAAUGUAUCAUGAUAACAAGAAGAGCUGGAGAAGAACUUACAAGUCAUUAACGUUGCUGACCUACCUUAUACGAAAUGGCUCAGAGAGAGUUGUAACUGCGGCCAGAGAACACCUGUAUGAUCUACGUGGACUAGAGAACUACACAUUCACAGACGAAUUUGGAAAAGAUCAGGGCUUAAAUGUACGACACAAAGCAAAAGACAUUGUUGAGUUAAUACAGAAUGACGAAAGAUUGCGAGAAGAAAGGAAGAAAGCGAAGAAAAACAAGGACAAAUAUCAGGGAAUGGCUGGUGAUAGCAUGAAUAGAUUUAGCUAUAGUGACAGAUAUGAUGAGAAACCUCGUUCAAAGGAAGACAGGCUUGGUGAGAUAGAUGAAUGGCAGGAUGGCAAGAAGUCUGUUGUUGAGGAUGCUGUAGAUAAGGUGAAGGAUCUCUGGAAUCGUGCACAUGGUCGUAGGGCUCCUGAUGAAACUGUUGAUUACAGUGGCGAUCGAAGGGGUCAUGACGUUAUAGGUUUUAGUGAUGAGACAGACCAUAAUAACAGAAUUGGUGAUGAUGAUUUUGAAUUUAAAGACAACAAUAGUGAAGAAUAUACAUACCACGAGAGAACAGAGACGACUAAAACAGAAAAAAUAACAUCAAAGCGAAGAUCUGGUGGAAAACAACAGAUAGAUCUAGGAGCAGCUGCUAAUCAGCUGAAAGGCACACAAUCUGAUCUACAAUCUGUAACAAGCAGCACAAGUAGAUCUACAUUAGACAAUGGUCCUAACUUACUAGAUAUGGGAAACCCUGUGGGAGGAGGCAGUGACAGUACAGCUGACUUUGCUGAUUUCCAGUCGGCCGGUAACGACUUUAACCCCAGGGCUAAUUCAGAAGGAACAAAAACAGACGACUUUGCUGACUUCAGUACUGCUCCUAUCUCCAAUGCUACCAGUCAAAAUGGUGGCUUUGCAGAUUUCUCCCAGGUUAAUUCUAGUCAUUCAGUAUCUCAAUCUAGUGCAAACACAAACUCUUCAGACCUUUUUGAUGUGUUUAGUGCUAAAAACUCCUCUAUGCAAUCUAGUGUACCAUUGCAGCCUAAUGUAAACAAUAUGAACAAUAUGGCUGGAAUCAAUUCAAUGAAUAAUCAGGGACUUAUGGGAAAUAUGAGUGGAGCUAAUGUUCCAAAUAUGGGUAUGCAACAAGGAAUGAUGGGAAAUCAACCAAAUAUGAUGGGCCAGACAAAUUUAAUGGGUGGUCCUAAUACAAUGAUGUCAUCACAGCCUAAUAUGAUGUCAUCACAACCUGGUAUGAUGUCACCACAGCCUAACAUGAUGUCGCAACAGCCUAAUAUGAUGUCACAACAGCCUAAUACAAUGAAUGCGGGUAUGAUGGGAAUGCCGCAACCGAUGGUUCAGCAAGGCAUGAUGGGAGGAAUGAAUCAGCAAAAGAUGGGAAUGAUGGGUAAUCCAGGCAUGAUGGGAAAUAUGAGUCAGCCAGUGAUGCAGCCACAGUCUGCUGCAAUGGGUUUCAACCAGGGUAUGGGAAUGAUGCAGCCCAAUGCAGCACCCAAGCAGGAUAACACAACUAGUGACACACAGUCCUCUACUGUACCCACCAGUACACAAAACACUGAAAAACAGAAUUCUGCUAACACAUGGUCUACAGAUGCUGGUAAAGUGAACAUUAGCCUUGAAGCCUUGAGUCCAGCAAGUAAAUACCAACAACAACAUAAACCUAGUAUGAAUCAACUACAGACUAAAGGAAUGAUGUCACCACCUGCCAAUCAAGGUAUGGGUAAUAUAACCCAGGGCAUGGCUGGUAUGAACAUGGGAGGACAACCAAUGAUGAGUGGUAUGGCAAUGGGAAUGAGUACCCAGGCAGGAUAUGGUAUGCAGGGCUCAGUGAUGACACCAGGUGGAAGUGCGGUUAGAAUGCAAACAACCAUGAAUGUUCAAAACACUAUGGUCGGUGGUGCUGCCUUUCAACAAAGAACUGAUAAUGCUUUUGCAGCAUUUGGUGGCAUGAAAUAAUGAGACAUGUUUUAGAUGUUUCAAGUACAAUGUGAUGAAUCAUUCCAAGUUAUUGUUAGUGUCUACCAAAGAUGAUAGCUCGGAAAAUAUUGCUGCCUCUCCAGUUCUCAAAGAAUGUUUGGCAGCAUUGUAAUAAAAGAAUCUGUAAUAGAAGAAUUUAAAUCAUGUUUAUUCAUAACAGGACAUUAAUAUUCACCAUUAUUCAAUAGGAGGUGUUGAUGAAUAUCGAAGCAACCUUUGAUGUUUAUGAAGGAAACUUUGCUGGAAAUGACAUACCAUACUGUACUGAGAAAGGUUUAUGGAAAAGUGUGCAACUUUGAUAUGCCUGAUAAACAUGAAACAUAGUUAACUUGUUCUCCAAGUUUAUAAAUAUUUGAAACUGACUGUAACAUGUUCCUUAAUGGAUGAUGUAACACUGUGAUAUUUGUAAGAGGUUGUUACAUUUCGUGAAUAGUUAUCAAAAUGAAGAAGUAUUGUUUUUAAAGAAAAUGCACUACAGAAAAAUUGGGAUAGCUUACCAAAAAUUGCUUGUUCUGCUUGUAAUUUGGCUUUUUCAUUACAGAAUGAAAACUAUAGCAACAGUUACUGGUUACUUACUUUGUAAAAUUAUAAAUUUUCAGAAAGUGAAAUUUAUUUACUGUGCAAUGACAUUUUACAUUCCAAUAUUUUAAGGCUCCAGAAGGUUAAAUUUCUGUGAUUGAUAAUACCCAUGUAAUCAUGUUUUCCUCCUCAAACUAGAAACAUGUCAUUGUGAAAACUUUCAUUCUCUUCUUGCAUUUUUAUAGUAUUGAAUAAAAUGCAUAUUGCAGACCUGUGUUUCAGCUGAAAAUUCAGAUAUGCAAGCCUGAACACCUAAAUGUAUCACUUCCAGUAAAAAUAUCUGUUUGGACUUACUGAAUUACACAACAGCCUGGCUGUUCUCGAAUAAUGAAUUGUUUUACUGUAGGAAUGUGGACCACAACUCUAAACAAGACGAUGAUGAUCAUGAUGAUGGAGAUCAGUGGCCAAAAACAUAACUUCAAGUGAUAAUUUUAGAUAGUGAAAAUAGAAUAAAUUGUUGAUGUAUUUUUUUGUUUUGUAGGAUUUUACUGUGAUAUGUUAAUUGUCAGUAAUCGCAGUUUGUUGUUUAGUUGUAAUAUUGAUUGUUUCCAGUGAUGUUGUGUAGUUUAUGGUAGCUUUAUCUUGACCUUGAUUGUUAAUGUAUUAUAUUUUUGCAAACUUUAGGAUUAAGUUUGUUUACUUAAGGAUUACCGGUAAGUUUAUUCAAAGGCUCUAACACAGCAUCAACGAAAUAUCUUAACCCCUACCACUUUUCAUUGGAUAUACUAAUUAACAAGAUCAUUUCUAUAGCUUAUUUGACAUUCUCAUGGACGUCUACACAACAGUAAUGGAAAUGAAUACCUGGACCAUACUGAAGUGGAUAGGUCACAGGGCAGGACUUGGGACAUACAUAUACUACACUACCCCCAUUUUUCACUCUGUAUCAAGAACUUCAUAUAUCCAGCAUUCUGAAUCAUAAUACUGUUGUAACUUGUUUCCUAAAGUCAGAGAUUCCUUCCAGCCUUCUUGUAUUCAUUAACCAUUUUAUCGGCAAUAGACAAUAGCUGCAAUUCCAUUUCUUGCAGCAGUAUGCUGCUGUUUAAGAAAUAAUAGAUGAAUUAUGUUACAAUUAUAGCAUCUUUUGUAUUUGGAAAGGUGCAUCGUUACCUGAAUAAAUAAUUAAUUUGGGAGGUGCACUGUUACCUAAAUAAAUAAUUAAAAUCUGUGCAGUCUGAUCAUGAUCUACUCUGUACGCCAUUCAGUCAGUAUGUUUUUAGUAAAAACCCCUUUUAACAGUCAGUGGUACUGUCCAGUUGAAAGAUGGGCAAGUUCAUUAUAGAAAUUUAGCAGGGUAAAGGUUAAGAUUGUCAUUGAAUUGAAGAUGUUAAUGUAGUUUAUGGAAAUGUGUCCAUUAAAGCCUGGCUUUCUUAAUGCAAUGUUUAGAACUCAACAUUUAGUUUGAUCACAUUAAAAACCAGUUGUGGUUUACAUGCCUAAAUGAAACUUGGGUAUUAUAAAAAUGGCUUGCUUUCAGUUAAUCAUUAUGAUAUAAUAAUCUGAUAAACAUUGUUCAUUUACAUACUCUGGAAUUGGCUCUAUUUUCUGCUGUAUACAUAUUUUUAUAUGAUUUCAAAAAGACUGGAAAGUGUUCAUGCCAUUGCAAGUGUACUGCUGAAAUCAUUGCUAUAGAAACAGUGUUUAGUUGUUGGCUUUUCUGGAUAGAAUGCUGCAGCAUUGCAAUGUUCACUGCAUGCACUGUCUUAGAUAUUUUGAAUUAUUGCAUGAAACCUUGGGCUGAUGUGAUUAUGGCCCCAGGUUUGAUUCCCUACUCCACAAUAAACAAGACAACCUUGUUCAAAUUUAUGUCUGUUUUAAUUUAGCCUCUUGUGAAAGUUUCAACAAAAACUUCCAAAACAAAGUUUAUUGCUUGAGUCGAAAGAUGUACAAGUAUUCAGUCUAACAUUGAUAUGGGAUUAGAGAGAACCUUUAUCUUAAAGACUUGCUGGCUAUGUGUCAUUACUUCCCUUUAGAUAUACACUUGAGUGUAUGCCCUUAUUACUCAUGAUUUAAGUUAAGCAGUAUGUAAAUAUCCAAGUUUAGAUCAGAAUUUUUUAGGCUGUUGGCUGGUCUCAAGUAGAAACUGUGCAAUGUUUGAGCUUUAGUCAGUCUUUGCUGUUCGUAUAACUUUAAACGCUUUAUAAGUACCAGAGAUAUUUUAAGAAACAUGAUCUGUAUUGUAGGUUUUCAGGUUAAUUCAUGCUUGUUAAGAAUAUUACAAAAGUUUGUAAAUUUUGCUCUUACACAUUGAAGUUUAUGUAAAUAUUGAAUCACACUUAUGUCAUUUGUAGGAAAUUCCUGAAAUGUUAAAAAAUAUAGAUGCCAUUUUUAUAAGCUUGUUAACUUUAAUUCAGACUAGGUAUGUACGUGAAUGGCAGUAUGUAAUGAUUUUAUUACUUAUAGUAGAAUCAGGCUUGGAAAAAAAUUAAUGGAAUAAAAGUAUGAAGUCAUAACUACUUAAUAUAAUAUUAAUUGAUGUAUGAUCAAGGGCAUACUCGAGUUUUUUGACAUUUCGAACAAAAGAUAUUUACUUCUGAUGGUCAGUGGUAGUGUUAGAUAAAUAUUGAACUUUGUAAAUAUUGAACUAUUUAUUGACUGAUUUAUCCUUAUUGUGUAUUUCUUAAUGUUCAGAUAGUGCAGGUGAUAGCUAACUCAUCUCUGAUGUUCAAGAGUUAAAUCAGAAUUGGAACAAGUGCUUGAUUUUCUUUUGUUUCAUUUCAGAAGAAAGGCCUAAAUACUUAAUAUGUGCCACUCCACGAGAAGACCAGCGUAGUGCAUUUGCGACAAGCAUGGAUCCAGACCAGCCUGCACAUCCGCCCGGUCUGGUUAGGAUCCAUGCUGUUCGCUUUCAAAGCCUAUUGCAAUUAGAGAAACCAUUAGCGAACUGCAUGGAUCCUGACCAGACUGCACAGAUACGCAGGCUGAUUGCACAUGCACUAUGUUGGUUUUCUCAUGGCGCGGCUCAAUUAUGUGCAUAUCAUUUUGUUUCAUGCUAAGUUUUACUUAUUUAUCUUCUUCCUGAUAUCAUUCUGAAUAGAGACACUGAUAUUUAUAUGCAGAUAUUAAUAUAUUUUAAAAAGCAAUGAUGGUGUAAAGCAAAAUGUGCUUUAUGCCUGCUAUAAUCUUAUAAUCAUAGUCCCUAUUUGCUUUUACAUUUUCUAUUAUGGUAAUUUUCAUUACAAGAAAAGGGUUUUGAAAAAUGUUGUUUGCUUGGAAAUAGUUUUCAUUUAAAUAACUGGCCAUUGCAGUCAUCUGCAGUUUGAUUCAAAUGAUGGAAUAAAACUUUGAGGUUUUCCUGCAGAAAAUGCUGUAUACUGUGUAGAAAUUAUUCCACGUUCAUACAUUUGAAAAAAGAAGUGUUGAAUGACUUUGACAGCAAGCAUAUCUUGCUAUAUGUAUGUGAUUCUUCCAUAUUUUAGAGUUUUUGUGCGAAGACUAGUGCAGAAAGUGCGGUUACUGUAAAACUGGGAUUUGUGUAGGAUUUCUGUUAUAGCAGAGUAAUAUGAUUAAAAAGGAGGCACCUGUAUACUCUGUAAUCCCAUCGAGAUGUGUGCACAUUUUUGUAUGAACGUUGUGUUACCUAUGUUGUGAGUGUUAUAUGUAAGUAUUUCACUACCAGUUCUAGAAAAAAGUGAUCAUUUGUUGUAUAUGACAGCUCAUUUAGUAGCAGUAAACUAUCAUGAACUGAAUUGAAUUUCAGCUUCAGCACUGACUGUAUACCCUGCUUUCUGUUUAACAUUGCCAAGUGUAUAGGGUAUUUUUGCAACUUUCAGAUUAUGUCCAAUCUUGUUAAUAAAAAUUCUCAUACUCUGAUAAAUCUUUAAUUUGUGCCUUAUCAGCUGAGCAUCUUAAUAGUUUAGGGGAAAUUUUUCUGUUAGUUUUGUUGCAGUCAUUGGCUUUUCAAGUGUGACGGGAUAUUUUUCUAUAUUCUACUGUAUCAUCUGAAUGUUGCUACACUAUUUAAAAAAAUGGCUAAAUUUGGUGUGUCCUCUUUUACUGGUAGUGAAGUAUAUGUUUGUUAUAGAGUUGUUAUAUAAAUUGUAAAUCAGUGCAUGCCUAUUCAAAAUUGUUUAUUCAAUAUUGGAACUAAAAACUGUUUUAUAUUCAUUGAUCAUUAUUGUAUUAUAUACACUUGUUAGGCUAUGUAGAUUUUUAACACAAUCAUGUGGAUGUAUAUGAUGGAAAUAAAAAGAUCAAAUAAAAUCUAUGUAUGUAAACAA